AUGGCGCUUUCAGAUAAGGUGGAGCAAUGCGACUCCAAACAUGAAGGACGCUGUCGUGACAAGGCUGAGUCACUGAAGCUGAAGGCUUUCGCCUCAGACGUCAUACUUGCUAUCGGUUACAUGCAUGUUAUGUCCAACUCCUUUCAAUAUCUUAUGCCAGACUGCCUACGGGAACGGCCGUGGUGGAAGUUUCCAUUUACCACCUUCAUCGCCAUGAUCUUCGCGGUCCUCACUCUCGCCAUUGAUUCAUAUUCCAUCAACUUCUUUAAGAAGAAACUCACUGCCACAACCGUUAACGGUUCCAGUUCUCUUGAAACCGGAGAGGUAAAGGAAGCAGAAUUCACUACAAGAAAAAUUAUGAUUACCUACAACACAAAUCCGAAUGUAAGCAAGAAAAUCCAUAGAUAA